AUGUACACGGAGGAGCUCCAAAAAUUACUUGACCCCCCCCACAACAUCAAGUGGGAGGAGAAAGAAGAGGAGAUAUUCUCCAUCUCCCAAAGAUACCGGCAACUAGUUGGUUCUAGUAGUGCAGAGAGUGCGGAAGCAGCAUGCAAAAUAACGGACUCUUCGAGAUGGGUGAAAUUAGUUGAUUGUUCGUCUUGUAAUUUAAUGUUCCGUGUAAAAUACAAUAGACUGGAGAAUGGAGCAUGUGGCGUGCUCUUGUAA